CGUGUUUCACAGCCCCACUUCAUCUAAUAAAUACGCGCUACUCUUUACCAUCAUGGCAGCUACACGGAAGUAUUAUGAGUGGAACGAAACAAGCAUGAAACUUGCGAUUACUGCUUUAAAAAGGAAGGAGUGCGACUUAAAUGAAGCUAGUCGGGUAUAUGGUGUACCAAAAGCCACGUUAAAGCGCAGAUUCGAUGGGACCAAUAAGAAUGCCAAAGACGAGAAGCAAGUCAGGGGAUCUUCUGCUCAUUUAACUCCUGGGUUGGAAGAAAAAUUGUAUGAACACAUUUUAGAAAUGGAAGCUUGUCUGUAUGGGGUCACUCCAAAUGAUGUAAGAAGACUAGCAUACCAAAUCGCAGAGAAAAACAAUACAAACCAUCGAUUUAAUAAAAACAAGGCCAUGGCCGGGAAAAAAUGGUAUUAUGCAUUUUUAAAGAGAUACCCACAACUGAGCUUGCGACAACCACGAGCCACGUCACUGAAUAGAGCUACUGCUUUUAAUAAACCAACAGUGCAAGACUUUUUCAAUAAACUGGAGGCAGUCAUGGAUGAACACAAUAUUAAGGACCCAAGACAAAUUUAUAAUAUGGAUGAGACGGGUCUAUCCACGGUACAGAGGAAAGUAAGAAAAAUACUAGCACCAAAAGGUUAG